CACUGAAGUCUGAGAGAAAAUAGCAGUUCUGCAGCAGAUAGUGUAGGGGAAAGAGACUGGGAUAUGCAUAUGCAGCUGACUAAAGCAGGCUACAUGCUGGACUGUAACAGAGAGGAAACAAUAAAUCUUAACUACUAUGCAAUAAAUAUUCCCAAUUUUAACUAAGGAAGCUAUCCUCAUAGUCAAAUUAAAAAAGAUAACAGAUUAUCCAAGCUUGAUUACUAAAGUGUGUUCCUCCAGUCCUUUUUCCAAAGACUUUAAGGGAAAUUAAGAACAAAUUUAAAGAAAGAGGAAGGAAAAGUUUGUCUUAAAGUAGGAAAGGAAAGUAAUAAUAACAUGUCAGUUUUCCUUUCCUUUGCUUUCCUGGCAGCGAUUCUUGUUCAUAUAGGCUGUAAUAACCAGCGUCGGGGUCCAGAAGUCAGUGGGAGAAGAUUUAACCGGAUUCAGCAUGGGCAGUGCACCUAUACUUUCAUUCUGCCAGAACAGGAUGGGAACUGUCGUGAAAGCACGACAGACCAGUACAACACAAAUGCUCUUCAGAGAGAUGCUCCUCACGUGGAACAAGAUUUCUCUUCCCAGAAACUGCAACAUCUGGAACAUGUGAUGGAAAAUUACACUCAGUGGCUGCAAAAACUUGAGAACUACAUUGUGGAAAACAUGAAAUCGGAGAUGGUGCAGCUGCAGCAGAAUGCGGUGCAAAACCACACCGCCACCAUGCUCGAGAUAGGGACCAGCCUCCUCACCCAGACAGCAGAGCAGACGAGAAAACUCACGGAUGUUGAAACUCAGGUGCUAAAUCAAACAUCCAGACUUGAAAUUCAGCUACUGGAAAAUUCACUGUCAACAUACAAGCUAGAAAAACAGUUGCUACAGCAGACACAUGAAAUCCUAAAAAUUCAUGAGAAAAACAGUUUACUUGAGCACAGAAUUUUAGAAAUGGAAGAAAGGCAUAAAGAGGAACUGGACACUUUGAAGGAGGAAAAAGAGAACCUACAGAGCUUGGUCACAAGACAAAGCUACAUAAUCCAAGAACUAGAGAAGCAGUUAAACAAGGCAACAAGCAAUAACAGUGUACUGCAGAAACAGCAGCUUGAAUUGAUGGAUACGGUUCACACUCUAAUCACCCUCUGUUCCAAGGAAGGAGUUUUACUAAAGAAUGCAAAAAAGGAAGAAGAAAAGCCUUUCAGAGACUGUGCAGAUGUAUACCAAUCUGGUUUUAACAAAAGUGGGGUCUACACUAUUUAUAUUAACAAUGUGUCAGAUCCUAAAAAGGUCUUUUGCAAUAUGGAAAUUGCUGGAGGAGGAUGGACGGUUAUACAGCACCGAGAAGAUGGGAGUCUGGAUUUUCAGAAAAGCUGGAAGGAAUACAAAAUGGGUUUUGGUAGCCCAUCAGGUGAACAUUGGCUGGGAAAUGAAUUUAUCUUUGCAAUAACAAGUCAGAGGCAAUAUUCUCUGAGAAUUGAAUUAAUGGACUGGGAAGGAAACCGGGCAUAUUCACAGUAUGACAGAUUUCACAUAGGAAAUGAAAAGCAGAAUUACAGGCUUUAUUUAAAAGGUCACAGUGGAACAGCUGGGAAACAGAGUAGCCUGAUCUUACAUGGUGCUGAAUUCAGUACAAAAGAUGCUGACAAUGACAACUGCAUGUGUAAAUGUGCUCUCAUGUUGACUGGAGGGUGGUGGUUUGAUGCCUGUGGCCCCUCCAAUCUCAAUGGGAUGUUCUACACUGCUGGGCAAAACCAUGGAAAGCUCAAUGGCAUCAAGUGGCAUUACUUCAAAGGCCCCAGCUACUCCUUGCACUCCACCACCAUGAUGAUUCGGCCCUUGGAUUUUUAAAGGUAUUCAGCAGUGGAUCCCAGAACAAGUCAGGACAACACUGCCCUCAGCAGCACUACUAUCACAGUCUGAAGGUAAAAGGUGAAGGACUUCUUGAAAGCAACAUGUAGGAAUGAUGCAAAGUCACUUCAUUAUCACUCCGUAACCCACAUAAACUCCCCAACAGUCACCCCAUGUUCUGACGACUCGGGGAGGCUUCGUUUAGAUGAAGGUGGCUGCAAUGAUUUUCCGGAGAACAACUGGAUCUGGUUAUUCUGUCUAAACCCGAUGCUUGUCAGUGGAUGUCUUUUUUUAAUAGAAGAUGCAAAACCACAACAGAUUAUUCAACAACAGCAUCAGAAUUUGAAGAACUGAAAUGUAUCAACCACCGUGUAUUGAGUAGAAUGUUAUUCAGCAGUGAAAUGUCAACAUUAUGCACAUGAAAAAGGAUUACAGAGACACCUUUAUUAAAACUCAUCUUAAAGCUUUAAAGGUGACCACUCAAAAUAUUGUUUCUCUUAAAUGAACUGAACUUGAGUGGUGGAUGGAUUUAUGUUAAUCCUAGAGUCAAACAGUUUGCGUGAAUAUUAUUUUUCAUUAAAUCCUUUAAGGACAUGUUUCUCAUAAAUAGACUGAGUCAAACAUAUGAAGAAUGAUAAGGGUAAUAAGCAUAAAUUCUUCGGUUUCUCUGUAGAGGUAAAUCAGAUAAUUGGCAUAAUCUCUGAGCUAGGAUUGAUAGUGUGAUAACGAAAGUAGCUGUGUUUUGAGGUUUUUCCCUUCUUUCGUUAAAAGCGGUCUGAAUGUCAUAGAAAAAUUAAUGGAAGGUUUAAAGAAUGUGAAAUAUUAUCCUAAAGAAAACAUGGGAUUUUGCAUGGAAUAUUUCCAUCAAAAGUACACAGGAAGGCAAAAUGUUAGGGUAUAUAGAAAUUACAUAAAUGUAUAGCUUAAGGCAAUGGAUUCAUUUUACAGUAUCCUUGCAUGUGCAAAAUUUAUCAUUAAUUAUUUUGCUUUUUUAUUACAUUUUUCGUGAAUAUCAGAAGCAUGCCAGUUCUACACAGUGCUUAGGCUACAACUAUAAAAAAUACUCAUCAGAACUGUAUAGAAAAUAAAGAAUUGUGAAGUUGUAAAUAGCAUGUUUAUAUUUCCUGUAAUGGUCACUUAACUUGUACAGGCAGCCCUGACCCUACUCAAAGGGUGCAAAGCCUCAGAAGGAUAUAAAUAUUAAAAGAACUUUAGAAGACUGUUUACAGGUUGCUAAAAAGUAAUUUUGUUAUAUUAAAAUGUUGCAGAAAUAUGGGGCAAGAUGUAAAAUUCAGCCAUUGGAAAAGAUAAAGUGCCUAUAAUAGCAAGUAGCUGGGUGUCCCAUGAGGGUGUAGAAACAACUCUUUCCAUUUACAGCCCCUCAUGAUUUAGUCAUAUGAAUAAAUCCAUUUGGGAAAGUAGCUCGCAGUCAUCCUACUUCUGUUAUAUACAAAAUGAGCAAGUUUACCCUGCUCCCACUGAAAUCAAAAGAAACAUUCUCAUCAAUUAAAUUGGGACCAACAUGACAUGCAAAAUCUGCAUGUGGUGAGUUUUUUACUUGUCUGUUUAUUGCUUUGUUUCAUUGAUUAAACUGCUUCUGAGAUCAGGCACAACAAAGAUCUGGUUCUUUUUUAAUGGAUGACGAUACUAGAG